AUGGCCCGCAGCAUCAUCUGUCGCACCCAACUCGACUCCGCACCACUCACGGAGCACGGCGCGCACGAGGCCGCGCCGCCAGGCGAAGCGCCGCUGCCGGACGUUGAGUCACCGAGCUUCCAGCAGGAGCUGCGGCGCAGAAUCGCGGGCGACGGUCUGAGGCUGGUCGGCGGCGUUGACAUCAGCGCAGUGCACGCGCCGGGCGAGGACGCCGCGGCGAACGCCACGCCGCAGCGCGCGUUCGCGGGGCUCGCCGUGCUCACCUUCCCGGCGCUCGAGGUGGUGUUCACGGAGGAGAGGGACGUCACCCUGACUCAGCCAUACUCCCCCGGGUUCCUCGGCUUUCGGGAGGUGCCGCACCUCCUACCGCUGCUCGAGUCGGCCCGCAAGGCCGGCUGCUACCCGCAGGUCGUGCUGUGCGACGGGUUUGGCACGCUGCACCAGCGCGGGUGCGGGUCCGCGUCGCACCUGGGCGUCGUCGCGAACGUCCCCACCAUCGGCGUCGGGAAGACCCUCAACGCCGUCGACGGCCUCAGCACGAGCGGCGUGCGCGACAUGAUGCGCGCGGCCCUGGCCACCGACGCCGCCGCCCCCGCCCGCGACCGCGGGGCCAAACGCCCCUCGGAGGACACGCUCGUCGUCCGGCCGCUGCGGGGCCAGUCCGGGCGGCUCCUCGGCGCGGCGAUGGCGGGCCACGCCGGCAGCGAGGUGCCGCUGUACGUCUCCGUUGGCCACCGCGUGAGCCUCGCCAGCGCGGUCGAGGUCGUCGCGCGCUGCUGCCGCCACCGCGUGCCGGAACCGAUCCGCGUGGCGGACCUGCGGACGAGGGAGCGGGCGCGCGAGGCGCACGCCGCGCCGCGGGCGCCGUGA